AUGGAGAACAGAGAGUUGACGAGGGUAGACCACGUAGAACCCUUGGUUGUUGAUGUCAUGGUGGCCAUUGAUGCUGUCAAAGACCUCAUUGAUCCCAAGGGUACACAGUGCAUGUACUUCUUGCUAGCAGGCAUAGCUAACAGCCUCCUCAUUGCCUUUGCAUUGUCUGGUGCUACAAGGUGCUUUCUGGUCCCUGAGGUUUUGAGUUCUCGAGUCCACAAUCCUCUUCUCUGCCUCCCACUAAUCAAAAUACCUCAAGAAUACUUAAAACUCCCUGAAACUGUUGUGGUGCAGAACCUUUUGAUGUGUGGCAUCUUAUUCUACACCGUUUACUACCUGUCACUGAGCAUGUGCUGCCUGACACUCAAGGUCUGGGAACUGGAUGUCCUGGCACCAUUUGACUUCAAAACACACCCUUCAUGGCUCAACACCAAUUAUAAAAUUCUUUUAGUCUCAACAGAAGUCACCUACUUUGUUUGUGGAUUGCUUUUUGCUCAGAUUGUAGAAGAAUGGGUUUGGGAUUAUGCGAUUUCCGUGACCAUUCUUCAUGUAAUCAUCACAUCAGCUGUUACAUUGGAGUUCCCCUUGACGUCACAUUGGUGGGCUGCGUUAGGUACAGGAAUGGCUUGUGUAGAUCCUCUAAUGAGCAAAAACAAUGUUAAGUAG